AUGACUGUGAGAUCACGUCCCCGACGCCGCUCUACAGUGGCUCUCAUUAAGGUCACCUACAUUGUCUGCGCAGUGACCUUGACCACCUCCCUCAUAGUUGGCUCAUUUCUCGUCCACAUGCUUGUUUUGCCCUACUUCCACGAAUCCGAAUUUGAGCCCGGUAUCUGCGUAGUGGCGAAGAUCGAGCUCCACCUCGCUGGUAGACUCAAAUGUGAAAAUAAGUGUUCAAAGGAGCGCUCCUCCUUUCCAUGCCUCCGGGUUACGAUUGUCUUUGAGAAGGAUAAUAAAAACCGCACUGGAUUACUCUUCGAUACUAUCGUGACACACCAGAACUACCGAAACUAUGGAAUGGAAAAAGUUACGCCCGAAUUAAUGGCAUUGAAUGCCAACUUUGGGCGAGGACAGCGAAUGAUUCGACCGACCAGACGCUACCACCUCUAG